UGCGCUCCUGCCCAUUUACGAGCAGGCGGAGAGGACUACAAUUCCCAGCAGCGCUGCGAGCCCUCGCCUGCCUCCGCCUCCCCAGCUGGCUUGAAGGCUGUUAUUGUUGUUGCUAAAAGCCGCCAAGAUGGAAGAAGCGCAGUCCCAACCCGGCGUGGCUUUCCUGAAUGUGACCUCGAGCUACGUGCCCCACACCAAGGUGGAGUGUCACUACAGCCUGCCACCUGGCAUGAAGCCCUCCGCCAGAGACUGGAUUGGAAUAUUUAAGGUGGAGUCCUCUUCAGUGCGUGAUUAUUAUACCUUUGUGUGGUGCACAGUUCCAGAUGGAGGAGCUUCUGCAGGAGCCCUUCUUCACUGUAACGUUCAGUUCCAAGCCAGCUACCUGCCCAAGCCAGGCCCCCAGCAGUACCAGUUCCGCUAUGUGGAUCGCCGUGGGGAGGUGCGUGGUCAAAGCUCCCCUUUCCAGUUCAGCGAGCCGCGGCCCAUGGACGAGCUCGUCACUCUGGAGGAGGCGAGCGAUGACGGUGGGGGCACCGACAUGUUGCUGGUGGUUCCCAAGGCCGCCCUGCUAGAGACGCAGUUGGAAGAGAGCCGGCAGGAGCAAGGAGCCCUGCUGCAGGAGUCGUGCCGCCUGAAGGAUGAGGUUCAAGAGCUGAGAAGCCGCGUGGCGGAGCUGGAAGCAGUCCUGGGCACGCUUCGUGAUGAACACACCAAGCUGGCUGCACAGUACAAGGAAUUAUCAAAUUCUUUUGCGGAAGUAUCCGAGCAGAGAGAUACACUAAACCUCCAGGAAGCUGAGCACGUGGCCCGAAUCCGAGAGCUGGAGGGUGACAUCCAGGCCAUGGGUGAGAAGAUGCUGCAAAGAGAGACGGAGUUAGACAGAAUGAAAGACACUGUCAAGUCUCUGCUGCGUGAACAGGAGCAGAUUCACAACCAGCUCAAAGAGGAGAAUGCGGAGAAGGAGCAGUACCAGGUAAAGCUGCAGGCCUCAGAAGAGGAGAGCCGCAGCCUGGCCUCUGAUCUGCAGGAUGUGAAGACCCUCCAUGGGGAGAAGGUCUCACAGACUCUGGGGCUGCAGGAGGACAUCAGCAAAUUGCAGCAGAAGCUGACGGCUGCUAAUCGCCGCACCGUGCAGAUGGAGUCUCUGUGCGAGCAGCUGCGCACCACGCAGGACAUUCUGGCUGCCAGCCAGCAGAAAGUGGCUCUCUUGGGGGAAGAGUUGGCCAGCGUCGCCUCCAUCCGGGACCGCACCAUCUCCGAUCUGCACAAGAGCCGCCUGGAGGCAGCCGAGAUCAACAUCAAGCUUGCUGACAUGACUCUCAAGUGGAAGGAGGGAAAAGGGCAGUGGUGGAAGGAGAAGGCCACACUGCUGCAGAGCAUGGAGGCAGAGAAGGACAAGAUCCUGAAGCUGAGCGCGGAAGUGCUGCGGCUGGAGAAGAGCCUGCAGGAAGAGCGGGCGCAGCGCCAGGUGUUGCGUUUGGAGUUGGCACAGGAACGCGACUCCAGUCUGGUGCAGGUCUCUGAGAGCCGCCGGGAGCUACGGGAGCUACGAGCUGCACUGCAGGUUGCCCAGAAGGAGAAAGAGCAGCUCCAGGCCGAAAAACAGGAGCUGCUGGUAUAUAUACGGCGCCUUGAAGAGCGUCUGGAGAAAGUGGCCGACGAGAAAUGGAGUGAAUCUAUUCUCUGCGAUGAAGAGGAGGCAGCGCCAGAGACUCCUGGCUCCCUGGACUCGCCGCUGUCCGACUCUGAGGAUGAGUGUCCCGAGGACAUGCGCCUGCCUGCGCAGCUCGGGUCCUACAGUUUGUGUGACAACCGGGCAGCUACUACCACUCCUCCUUGUGCCCGGGGACCCGCUCACACCGUGGUGAUCAGCCAGCCGGCACCCAUUGCCAAUCAGAUCAAGCAGCCAGCCGAGGAUUCCAGUUCCGACUCGGAGGCUGAGGACGAGAAGGCGGUGCUGAUGGCAGCUGCCCAGAGCGGUGGCGAAGAAACCAACCUGCUCCUUCCAGAGCUGGGCAGCGGCUUCUAUGAAGUGGCCAGUGGCCUGACAGGGCGGCAGAUGUCGGAGCCAGGGGCUUGCGGCAUGGGGGUCUCUCCCUUAGACCUGCCCUCGCCGUCCCAUUGGAAGGAGUGCCCCAUCUGCCACGAGCGCUUCCCACCCGAGAGCGACAAGGAGACGUUGGAUACACAUGUUGACGGGCACUUCUUUUUCAGCACCCACGACCCCUUCACCUUUGAGUAACCGUUUCUCCCCUUCCCCCCGAACCCCCUUCCUCCCAACCACCACCAUG